AUGGAACCACCACCUGGUCUCAGUGUCCAUCAAGAGGGCCAGGUUUGCAGGCUUACUAAAUCGUUAUAUGGUCUAAAACAGGCCAGUAGGCAAUGGUUUGAAAAAUUGUCAUCCUUUCUCAUCUCUGUUGGCUAUGUUCAAUCUAAAUCUGAUCAUUCUCUUUUUAUAAAAAGGAAUUCUAGAGAUUUUACUACCUUACUUGUCUAUGUAGACGACAUCAUACUUGCUGGAAACUCUAUGACUGAAAUCAACCACAUAAAGGCUCUGUUGGACAAUAAAUUCCACAUAAAGAACCUGGGAGAACUCAAAUACUUCCUAAGGUUAGAGGUGGCCAGAUCUAAAAAGGGAAUUCAUCUAUGCCAGAGAAGAUAUGCUCUGGACAUCCUUAAGGAAACUGGAAUGUUGGGAUGUAAACCAUGUUCUACCCCCUUUCUAAGUGACACAAGCUCACUGUAUAAGACAGACAGUUACUUGGAUGAUCCUGGAUCCUAUCGAAGGUUAAUAGGGAAGUUGCUUUAUCUCACUAAUACCAGACCUGAUUUGUGCUUUUCUAUUAAUCUACUGAGCCAGUUUAUGAAAUCACCCACUAACCAUCACUAUCGGGCUAUGCAACAUGUUCUUAGGUAUAUAAAAUCUAAGCCUUCGGAAGGAUUGUUCUUUGGAGCUGACUCCCCCAUUCACCUAAAGGCCUUUAGUGACUCAGACUGGGCAACGUGCCCAAAUACUAGAAGGUCCACUACUGGGUUCUGUAUUUUCCUUGGGUCAUCUCUCAUUUCCUGGAAAUCCAAAAAGCAAAGCACCGUUUCAAUAUCUUCCACCGAAGCUGAGUAUCGUGCCUUAGCAACCAUUGUAUGUGAGAUACAGUGGAUUCACUAUCUCCUACAAGACCUACAAGCUCAGGAAGCAGGAACUCCGGUUCUGUAUUGUGACAACAAGUCAGCAAGACACAUAGCUCAUAACCAGAGCUUUCAUGAAAGAACCAAGCACAUAGAGCUUGACUGUCAUGUGGUUCGAGAAAAGAUACAGGCCAAUCUCCUACGACUUCUCCCGGUGUUUCCCAAGAGCUCUAUAAAUAGAGCUCUCCCCCUUUUCUUUUGUAAUGAAAAAUAA